UCUCUCUCUCUCUCUCUCUCUCUUCAAAGUCCUUUUAACUAAAUGUUGUGAGAGAAAGAACUCAAGCAAGCAAGAAAGCCAUGAUACCUGCAUGCUUUAGCAACCCCAACAUACACACAAACACCUCACAAGUUCCUCAAAGCCUCAUAACAUGCAUUUACCAAACUCAGCUCUGUAACUCACCAACCUAUCUCACUCUCACUUGGUCCAAGACUCUCUUCUCUCACUCCUUAACCAUCUAUGCAGCAGAUUGUUUCUCCAUCACCAUCUCUCUCAACCCAUCAACUUUCUCGUUCUUCCGGAGCAAGCCCGGGUCCAAAUCCAUCGACCUGACCCACCACCAUUACCAAAGAAUCAAGCUCUACUGGGACUUCACGCGAGCCGAGUUGACUCAGAGCUCGGCCGAGCCGGAGUCAUCCUACUACAUUGCAAUCACCUCCAAUGGCAGGUUGGAAUUCUUCCUUGGCGAUCUCCUAGACGAGUUGACUCGGAAGGCUGGGUUGGUCACGACUCGGUACCCGGCCAACCCGACUCUGUUAUCUCGGCGGGAACAUGUGUUUGGCCGCAGGAGUUACAUAACCCGGACACAGUUUAUGGGGUCCAAACAUGAAAUUGGGAUAGAGUGUGGUGGAGGAGUACUGAAAGUCAAAAUUGAUGGAAAUGUGUGUUUGGUAGUGAAAAGAAUUGGAUGGAAAUUUAGAGGGAAUGAAAAGAUUGUUGUUGGAGGAUUGGAAGUCGAAUUUUAUUGGGAUGUGUUCAAUUGGGUGAACAAUAGUGGCACAAAUAAUAAAUGUGGUGGUGGACAUGGUGUGUUCGUGUUCCAAAUUGGUGAUGGUGGGGUGUGGCCUGAGAUGGUGGGCCCGGAGAAGAGGCUGAUGAGGAAGAGCCUGUCCUCGGCUGGGUCCGGCUCGAUGCCGCCGGCUUCGCUGUCGCCGUCGCCGUCGUGUUCGAGUGUGCUGCAGUGGGCAGAGGAGAGCAGUGAUGGUGGUAGGAGUUCAUGUUCUUCGUCUACCAAGUCUUGUGGGAGUGGUGGGGGGUUUUCUUUGUUGUUGUAUGCUUGGAGGAGAGAUUGAAAGUUGAAAUGUGGAUUCAAAUUAUUGGAAUGCUUUAUUCUUUUGAUUUUGUACAAUUGCAAUUUGUGUUUUAGAUGUGUUUGAAUUUGAAUAUGAAGAGGAUUCAUU